ACAUACUUCAAGUAAAGCGAUCGAAGGUGCUCAGAAUCCCGUCAUACCAUUUGAUCUCGCGGCCACGCGCGCACGCGCAGCUUACCGAUGUGGAUCACUUUGCGUACAAAAAAUAAUAGAUAACUUUGAUUAUUUAUAUUUAAAUAUUAAAAUUUAGAGUGUAAAAAAGAGUCUGUAGGUAUCUCAUUGAUUUAUUGACAUUGUCUCAAACUGUUCAAAUAUUAUAAUUAGUUACAUUCGACCCAGAAUCAGAUAUGAUCUAAUCGUGGUCUUUUUUUUUUAAUUUGUGUGUGUGAUAAUAGUGCUAAGUGAUCCGCAAACUGAAUAGUGGAGUAUCCGCUGGAUUUAUGAGUUUUGUGUCAGUGUUGACUGUUGAGUAUGGGUGCGGUAAAGAGUAAGCUAGCGUCAGCCGCAGGGUGUUGCUAUCGGUGCGCCUGCUGCAAGGGCCUGAGGAGCGACUCUUACGACCUUAGGGACCUGCCUAGGCCUCCUCGACUGGACUCCUCGAAUGAUGUUAUCGAUGGGACAAGAAAAGGCGUCCUCGCCGUCCAAGGCAUUGAUUUUUGCAACGACACCAACGGCGACAACCAUCACACAAGCAAGUUCAACCUGAUGACAAGAAGUGUCGACAGAUGUCUGGUCGUCCGACGAGGGCAGGCAUUCAAAUUGGAUCUUCUACUAAACAGGCCAUACGAUGCCGACAGAGAUGCAGUCUCCUUCAUUUUCUACGUAGCAGACGUAGAGAAGCGUGGGCCUUCAGAUGAUACGUCAGCAGCUGUACCUUUGCUGGAGAAGGGAUCAGAGACGUUGGGAGCGUGGACAGCGAUUUACGAAGGACAAAUGGAUUCUCACCUGAUGGUGGCAGUGACGCCGGCAGCUGACUGCAUCGUCGCUGCCUGGCGGCUCGAUAUAGACACGAGGCUAACUGAUGGGGGGUCACUAAGCUACACCCAUCCACAGCCAAUAUACAUAUUAUUUAACCCUUGGUGCCUAAAUGACAGCGUGUAUAUGCCAGGUCAUAGUCACCGCGAGGAGUAUGUUCAAGAAGACGGUGGACUAAUGUUCAGAGGUGUUUACAAUCGCAUCAAACCUACUCCAUGGAAUUACGCUCAGUAUGAGAAAGAUAUUUUAGAGUGUUCUCUAUAUCUAGUCAGGGAGAUCGGGAAAGUAAAAGGGCGUGCCAGAAGCGAUCCUAUCAGAACAGUCCGAGCAUUGUCGGCAGCUGUAAAUGUACAAGAUGACAACGGAGUCUUAUUCGGGAAUUGGGCGAAGGAUCUCAGCGAUUAUAGUGGAGGAACUCAUCCACUAAAGUGGGUGGGAUCGCUGAUGAUAUUACAGAAGUAUUAUGAAAAAAAGAAACCAGUGAAAUAUGCCCAGUGUUGGGUUUAUGCUGGCGUAUUAACAACAGUUUGCAGAUCGCUGGGUAUCCCUUGCAGGCCGGUGACAGGGUUCGAUGCAGCUCACGACAGCCAGGGCAGCCUGACCAUAGACAUCAUCAAGGACAACGAGGGCAACACCCUUGAGGAGUUCACCAGAGACUCCGUGUGGAACUACCACGUUUGGAAUGAGGUGUGGAUGGAGCGUCCAGACCUGGGUUCGGACUAUGGUGGCUGGCAGGCCAUCGACGCGACCCCCCAGGAGACCUCCGAAGACAUGUUCCGAUGCGGGCCCGCGUCGCUCCGAGCCGUCCGGGACGGCGAGCUCCAGAGACCCUACGACGCCGGCUACGUAUUCGCGCAGGUCAACGCUGAUAAGAUUUUAUGGAAAUAUUCAGGAGAAAUUCAACCAUUGAAAUUAUUGGCACGAGACACAAUUUCCAUUGGACAGAAUAUAUCGACAAAAUCGAUCGGGAGGAUGGAUAGAGAGGAUAUAACAAAUUUGUACAAAUAUCCUGAAAGGACAUGGGAAGAAAGGCAGACGAUGGAAAAAGCGUUGCGGAAGUCACAAAGUAUUUUCGCUAGGUACUACCUUAACGAUGCUUUCAACGACAUUAUAUUCGACUUUGAACUGAGGGAUGAUAUUAAGAUCGGUCAGGACUUCAAUGUUAUUUUGCACAUAAAAAAUCGGUCUCCAGAAGAAUCGCAUCAAGUCAAAGGGACGCUGCGGGUAGACACUGUCACCUACACUGGAGUUACGGGAGACGGUGUCAAGAGAUACGAGUUUGACCUCAAUGUUGGACCAGCGGCCAAGGAGGAAGUCAAGAUGCUUGUGACCUUUAACGACUAUUACACAAAAUUAGUUGAUCAGGCUUCCUUCAACAUUGCUUGCCUAGCGUCUAUCGUCGACAGAAACUUCGACUAUUUCGCACAAGAUGACUUCCGAGUACGGAACCCGGACAUAAAAAUAGUGAUCGAUGGAAAGCCAAUCUCGAAGAAAGAGUUUACAGUAACUGUGAAAGUUGAAAAUCCUCUGCCUAUACCAUUGAAAAACGGAAAAUUCUACAUUCAAGGGCCUGGUUUGGACAAACAACUUAAAAUUGAAUUAGAUGAGAAUGUAGCACCAGGAGCCUUCGCAACUGCCCAGUUCAAGCUGACACCUCCCUGGGCCGGACGCCACCAGAUCUCCGCCAAGUUCAGCUCCAAAGAGAUGAAGGAUGUAGACGGGUUCCUGUCUCUCAUAGUCGCUAUGCCGUCAGAAACGAAUGGAUAUGCCGUAGAGACUAACGAAACUCGACAGAUUUAAAAAAUAUGUACGUCAAGUCUUUAUCCCUUAUGGGGUAGACAAAGGUAAAAUUUGUGAAACUCAAUGACCACAUUUAACUAUAUGGCGGUGUAUGCUUUUAAAAAUAAAAUGUCAAAGAAAUAUGACGGUACCUACUUGGUAAAAUGCCAUUAUAUUUUACGCAGUACCUAUAUGAUUUUAAAUUUUACGAGUAGCUUUUAAAGUGUACGAUAAUUAAGCUGAACAAAUUAUAAAUAUGUAAGAUAAUAAUAUUAGUUCAUAAAGUGUUAAAGAAUUUUAGCAUAUAACAAGUACAUACAUAAUUAUUUAAAUUAUAAUCUUCCAAAGAA